ACACUUGAGCAGUUCCCUUUUUCGAUGUUUUAGAUAGUUUUCGUACCACCUUAGCACAGAAUGGAUGAGCGCACGGCAGGCCAAGGAAUGCUUUUCACGCGGCAAAAAUCUAGGCCUAAGGUAGCGGUUGGAGAGUUAGAGGGCUGGAUGCGAUUUCAAAAACGACUUGAAGGGAACGAGCUUGUUCAGUAACUGGGUAUCACUUCCUAAGGGGCCUGUUGAUUAUGUGUCGUGAGGGAGAUUGGAGUGAUACCUCUAGAAUGAUUACGAUGCUUAAUAUGAAUAAUCAACGUCCGCAGUAUAUCUCUGCAUGCCUUCCCGUUAUCAGCGGAGGCAUGUAGGCUUGGUUGCCGGUACUAAUAGGGCAUUCGACAGGGCCUCCACAGAGGCUGUCCGACUGGAUGAAACACACCAACUAAACACCGUUAGCAAAAAAAAAAAUGGUCAACAUUGCUUAACGGACAUACUCUUGUCAGUUACAAUGUUACUGUAGAUUACAGGUGAGGGAAGGUGUAAAAUUUAUGUUUUGUGUCGGUUGUUCUUUGAAAAGCUUCUCCACUACCUUUA